AUGGCACCUAGAACCUCUACAAGAUCAAGGCGAACGGAUGAUUCUGACCUCUGUGUGGACAACGAGCUUGGAUUUGCAAAAGACCGCACCAUUAGCAGAGGUGAGGGGACAAUGCAUAUACAUAGAUUAACAGAGAUGAACAGCAGAGAAUACCUAGAGCAGCAUGCUGCCACGUUAGCAGAGCAGCAGCUCUCACAAGAAGCUAGCAACGCCAAUGUCGUCCAAGCGUGA